AUGAAUGAAAACCGCGAAUUGCAUGCCCUGUUGGCUGACAAGACUUGGAUCGGAUUUGAUCUCGAUGACACCCUGCACGAAUUCCGACGUGCGUCCGGCGCAGCUACUAGCCAUGUACUGCGUCUCAUAUCGACGCAGUACGGCGUAGACAUGGCCGCAUUGCAAGCUUGCUACGCCAGGAUCCUGAAAAUUAAAACGGCAAAUGCCUUUUCCGACGGCAGGACAUCGACAGACUAUCGAAGAGAGCGAUUCACCAGUCUGCUCCACGACUUGUCGCUGCCCGAGGAGAAUGACAUCAUGGCGCGCAUCCUGAUGCAGUACAACGCCACGCUGGCCGGCGCAUUGCAGCUCAAACCGGGCGCGAUGGAGCUACUGUUGAUGCUCAAGGCAAAGGACAGGAAAAUUGUCGUGGUGACAGAGGGGCCGCAGGACGCGCAGGAGUGGACGCUGCAACAGCUGGGUCUCGCGCCGCUGGUGGAUGUCCUGGUGACGACGAGCGUGUUCAAAGACGACCAAGGUGGAUGGACUGUUUGGGAAAGUGCUGCAGCGUUUGGGUAUAGCGCCGGAGGAAAUGGUGUUUGUGGGGGACAAUUAUGA